GGAGGCAGAGGGAGGCGGACGGAGGCGGAGGAGGCUGGGCCGGAGUAGGACUUUUCUCGAACAGGGGGGUUUCUUAGGCUGCCAGGAGCGCUAGUUAACUAACAUCAAGAUUGUGGUAUUAUCUGUGAAUCCUCAAAAUGGAUCAGUCAGCAUCUUUCCACCAGCUGUUUUCAAAUUUGAUAUCAGAGUUAAAGGCUUCUGAAAAAGUUUUGGAGGUCAGCAGUAAUUUUGGCCCACAGAAGAGCCUCCAAAGUAUGUUCUCCUAUCUGUGGGAUCUGGAAGUGGCUCAGCAGUGCCUCAGUCCCACACUCCUUAUUGCAGGGAAGUCUGAUGCAGAGUCUGAUAGGCUUCGUGCAGAGGGUAAUAAAUGCUACCAGAAAAAAGUGCUUGAUAAAGCUCUAAAACUUUAUAAUUUGAGCAUAAUGUCAGCUACACAUCCUGCAUUGCCUGUUGCAGAAUGCCAUGAAGGACAGUCAAAUGAUUGCUGUGUAAAUGAUAGUGAAAAGUCUGGCAAAGAAUCUAAUCAAAGUGAUCUGGAGGAAUAUAGAUCUUUAUCUCUUGGAUAUGCUAAUCGCUCAGCUGUUUUACUUGAACUAGAGCAAUAUGAUAAAUGUGUAUGUGAUAUUGAUGCUGCCCUGAGAUAUGGAUAUCCAAAAUUAUUGCAUAGUAAGUUAGCAGAAAGGAAAGCUAAGUGCUUUAUUGCACAAAAGAGAGCAUCAGAGGCUAAAGAGGUCCUGGAAAGUGCACUGAAGGACCUUGCUGAAUUAUCUUUGGAUGAAUCAAAAAGUAAAAAUUCUAGAGAAGCAUUACAGCACUUAGUAGAACAGUGUGAGUCAAAUGAAAGUGACACACAAAGUGGAGCAGAAACUUUUGAAAAUGAUCAUCAAAUAGAUUUAUCUACAGCAUCCAAAGAGAAGUUAUUAUCUUCCUACCAAACACCAACAGCUCCCAAGCUUGUAGAUUCCAAUCCAACUCUACCAGCACUAAGUGCUUCAGUCAGGCUGGCUUACACACCUUCCCAAGGACGUUAUCUGGUAGCAGAGAGAGACAUUCAUCCAGGUGAUGUUCUUGUUGCUGAGGCAGGCUACUGUAGUAUUCUACACCUGGACUCCUCACUACGUACACAUUGCUCUAAUUGCUUGUCUAGAUGCCUUACACCUGUCCCUUGUCCAUCAUGUACAAGAGUAGUUUUCUGCAGCAGCUCUUGUUGCAUCCAAGGACUCGCAUCUUUCCAUCGGCAGGAAUGUAAUAUUCUUCCAACUUUAGCUCACUUAGACAUGGGUAAGAAUUCUGUGUUGGCAUACAGAAUUUUAACACAGACCACACACAAGAAACUGAAAGCUCUGAUGCCAGAGCUUCUGGAGGAAUCAAAAGAUAAGGCUCCAGAGUCUCUGGGCUUUAAUAUUCAAGGGAUAUACAGCUCCUCUGACUACAAGACAAUAUACCACCUUGUCCACAAUAAGGAGCAGCGCUCAGUGAGUGACCUGUUCAAACGAUGUGCAAUGGCUCUGACCCUGACAAAGCUCAUGAUAGAAAGUAAGAACCACUUUGUAGAUGAAGAUGGAAAGCCUAUAAUGCCCACCCAGGAGGAUAUUCUUCUGACAGGAUGUACUCUCUUCAUCCACAUGAUGAAUCUGCCUUGCAAUGCCCACUCUGUCACCGAACUUGAGGUAAAUGUGAGCAGGUUCCAGGAAAGUACAACACAGGAAAUUGGGUCGGGAGCCUUUGGUGUGCUGAGUUUGACAAAUCAUUCAUGCAAUCCUGCAGCUGCACGUUCCAGUUAUGGAAAUGUGGUAGUGCUUAGGGCAAUAAGAUUCAUUCCGCAAGGAGCAGAAGUGACAGACAGUUAUGGUGAACACUAUGGCAUAAGACCUUGUGAGGCAAGAAGAGCAGAAUUGUUGCAACAGUACUGUUUUACCUGUACAUGUGAAGCUUGUGUAAAUAGUUGGCCAACCUACCCAUCUCUGUCACCAAGUCUCACUCUACGGUGCCUAAAAUGCUCAGUGCCUCUAAGUCUCAGCAAGGGUGUAUGCAAAAGGUGCAAUACCAAGUAUUCCAACAAAGAAAGCAGUGAUAGUAAUGGGAAUAUGUUAAUGUAUGAUUAUAAGGAGAUUGAUGAGCAGACCAAAAUUGCUGCUGAUGAGUGUCAGAAAGCAUAUGAUAGCAUUAUUGAAGGGCUCAAUUCCGAAGAAAAUAUGACAACUCUGAUUCACUUUAUAAAGCAUGUUGACAAGUAUGUUCAACAUCCAUGUAAGUUAUACUUUGAAGCGCAAGAAACACUAAAGCACUGUUUUGACAGACAAGGCAACUGUGUUUACAGAAAGGAGGAGAGUGAUGGGACAGACAUAUUUAAGAAUAAAAGGAAAUAAAGAGCCUGAUACAAGUUACAUGAUAUCUAGGGCCUCAAAAUUUAGGGGAUCAGCUGGUGUGAGUUGUGGAAAAAAAAGGUGCUUAUUUGAAUUUUUAGGUUGUUUUGAUUUGGUGCUACUAAGCAAGUUGUUUUUGAUGAUGGAGAUAUUCAUCAUACAUAUCUAUAAUUUAUUGUUCAGCAAAUUUCUUAUGUAGCCACUACAGUGUUUUCAGCACUGAAUUCUUUGUGGAAAUUUAUUUAUUCUGAAAAAAAUCUACAUCUGUAAUAUAAACUAAACACAAGUUGUAUAACAGCAGUUGUUCACAAUUGGUUAAGUACCAGAAAAGAAUAUUAAUGUCUAUGUGAUUUCUUAUUAGCACUUUACCAUAUUGUAUUUGAUGCAUAGGAGACGGGAGCCUACAUUUCUUUAGUAAAUAAAAACUGUUAGAUAAUUAUGUGUUGAAAUGUAGCACUGAAGUAAAUAGACAGAUGCAUAGAAAUAUCAGAAAAAAAUUA